GAUGAGUCACGGCAAGAAACGAGUCCGUGGCGGAUGUCCGCCGUCCUGGAUUUGACAACGGCCAAGUCUUCAUCAAUCAAUCGAUCGAUAUCAUUAAUAAAUAGGAGAGCGGCUGUCGAUUUAUGGAUACCUAAAUUCAAGCGCCAGCUGGCUGUUUCGAUCAAUAAAGUCAAGCCGGUGGUGUACAGUCAGGGCCUGCAAGACCUUCUAUUUCACCUCCUGUGCGUCGUCGAUGUAAUCCGACGGGAGCCUUCAAAAAUCUCGAGUUCUGGCCCACGACGCAUACCAGUUCGUUCCGGGAUGCAGAAUCCGUCCGUGACGAUGUUCUUCUGCACCGGGCUCCUGCUGGUGGCGGCGGCGAUGUCCAGUGUGCGCGCGCAAGCCGGCUGCGCCGGAGCUCAGUCAUGUGACCUGUGCGUCGGCGACUCCGUGCUCAACCUGACCGGCUGCGUCUGGCGGCUUUGUCCUGACGGUGACGACACGGGCAGGUGCGUGACGGACGAGGGCGACGUCGCCGACGGCUCGGCCAACUGCAGCUGGACCCGCGUGUCGGAGCUCUGCACAGAGAGCAGCCUCAGUGAGGCGACGACCGAAGGAAGACGGACUCGCGGCACGACGGCGACGACGCGCUGCGCUUGCACCUUCGCUUCGAUUCAUCCCCGUCAUAGUAGCGAUGAAAAGCAAAUUGCUCUCGCGCUACUCUUUGAAUUGGUGUGUUAAAUUGUGUUGAGUGUAUUUUUGUUGAUGUAGAUACAUUCAUCUUUUAUGUCUGUUAACAUGCUAAUGCUAAAGAUGCUACUUUGCCUGCAUUUGCUGUUUUUAUUUUAUCACUGAUAUAAAAUUAGCAGAGCCGUGCGGAACAAGAAUCAUAUUACUGCUUUUGUUUUUGGGUUUUUUUUUUGCAUCAUGUUGCCACCACUCGAUGGCGCCACAGAGUAAAAGUGCCACGCUAACAGUAGAACGGGAAAAGGAACUUGGGAUCCUUGAAAGAAAUGCUAGCAGACCAGAAGAGGAACAGUUCGGUGCGGUUCCAAGUUCCAGCUGGAAAGGAGAAAGAUUGAUAGAAAAACUUGGGGAAACGACUCGCAGAUCACAAAAGCAAGAGUUGCUAGCGGAUGGGAAGACGACAAGAUGCUAAGAUGGAAGAUUUUCUGGCUUUCUGAAAUAGUUUAAAGUGCUGCUAGAAGAAAGUGUGAGGUCAUAACAGACCGGAAAGGUUGCUAGCGGCGAAAACAUAGUGGCUGAAAGAUCGCAAGGCAAGAGUGUCGCUAGCAAAAAUGAAGAGUGAGAAACUUUGCUAGCGAACAUGCUGGUAGCGAGGAAAACAUAGUGGCUGAAAGAUCGCAAGGCAAGAGUGUCGCGAGCAAAAAUGAAGAGUCAGAAACUUUGCUAGCGGACAUGCUGGUAGCGAGGAAAACAUAGUGGCUGAAAGAUCGCAAGGCAAGAGUGUCGCGAGCAAAAAUGAAGAGUAAGAAACUUUGCUAGCGGAUACAACGACGUUGGCUGAGUUGCUCAUGUGCUGGGAAAGUCACAAGCGGUGCCACUAGGAAAGAAGUGCUCGCAAAUAUGAAGGGUUGCUAGCGUGCUAGCAU